CCAAGCGCGUCUGCCGUCUCACUUUUUCAGGGACUUAUUUUCUUACAUUUAUUUACUUUACAUGAAGCAGCGGUGUUCUUGUUCUCCUAGGUGACACCAUGGAAACAUUAAUAAACGGACUGCCUCAGUGAAACACCAGCUUUUCCGUCUGAAACUGAAGGCCCUGAUCGGUGUUUGUCCCCCAACACUUGUUUCUAAUUGAACAGGUUGUGCUGAGGUCCAACGAUGGUGCAGGAGUACCAGUCCCCUGUCCGGAUCUACAAACAUCCGUUUGAGAUCAUAAUGGCGGCGUAUGAGAGAAGGUUCCCGAAGUGCCCUCUGAUCCCGGUGUUUGUGGACAGUAAGAUCCUCAACCAGCGCCAAAACGAAGACGGCUCCGUGUUGGUAACAGAGAGGCGCUGCACGAUUGAUGUCGAUGCCCCCAGACUUCUCAAGCGGAUUGCUGGCGUGGAGUAUCUGUACUUCAGGCAAAAGAACACCCUGAACCGCAGAGACCGGACGCUUCACAUUGAAGUCCACAAUGAGACCUUUUCCAACAGAGUCGUCGUCAGUGAGUUCUGCAGUUACACGGUUCACCCAGAGAACGAGGACUGGACGUGCUUUGAACAGAAAGCCAGUCUGGAUAUCAAGUCUUUUUUUGGUUUUGAGGGUGCGGCCGAGAAGAUAGCAAUGAAGCAAUAUGCCGCUAGCAUUAAAAAGGGGAAAGAAAUAAUCGAGUACUACCUCAAAGAGCUAGACGAAGAAGGUGUAACUUGCAUACCCCGUUGGACCCCCCCAGUUAAAUCUGGUGGUGUCAUUGCAAGGACCCAGCUACCGACCCGCUCUACUGCCAGACCCAUCCCAGUGAGCAGUGCCAAGGACGGGCCGCCCGGUAAAGACCCGAACAGUUCCACGGAGCUGGUGGCUGGCUCGCCUGAUGACAAGUUGGAUGCUGACUACAUCAGACGUUACCUUGGUGAUUUAACGCCUCUGCAGGAGAGCUGUCUUAUUCGACUUCGUCAAUGGCUCCAGGAAACCCACAAGGGCAAGAUUCCAAAGGACCAGCACAUACUUCGCUUCCUCAGAGCCAGGGAUUUCAACCUGGACAAGGCAAGGGAGUUUUUGUGCCAGUCGCUCACCUGGAGGAAGCAGCACCAGGUGGACUUCCUGUUGGACACGUGGGAACACCCGCAGCUGCUUCAGGAUUAUUUCACAGGAGCCUGGCAUCACCAUGACAAAGACGGUCGUCCUCUGUACGUCUUGCGUCUGGGUCAGAUGGACACUAAGGGCUUGGUGCGAGCGUUGGGAGAGGAGGUGCUGCUGAGACAGGUGCUGUCCAUCAACGAGGAGGGACUGAGGCGUUGUGAGGAGAACACCAGAGUCUUUGGUCGACCUAUAAGCUGUUGGACAUGUUUGAUGGAUCUGGAGGGCCUGAACAUGCGUCACAUGUGGAGACCAGGAGUGAAGGCCCUGCUGAGAGUCAUCGAGGUGGUCGAGGCCAACUACCCCGAGACUCUGGGCCGCAUGUUCAUCGUGCGUGCACCCAGGGUUUUUCCAGUUCUGUGGACUUUGGUAAGCCCCCUGAUUGACGAGAACAGUCGUAAGAAGUUCCUUGUUUAUGCUGGUAAUGACUACCAGGGCCCGGGAGGCCUGGAGGAUUACAUCGACAGAGGGAUCAUCCCAGACUUCCUCCGAGGGGACUGCAUGUGUGACAUCCCUGAGGGAGGUGCGGUACCCAAAUCUCUGUACAGGACCGCAGAGGAACUGGAGAACGAAGAAAACUGCCUCUUGACUGACUCCAUCUACAAGAGCGCCAACAUCUUCAAGGGAACUCCGUUUGAGAUGCUGAUAGAGAUCACAGAGGCCUCCUCUGUCAUCACCUGGGACUUUGAUGUGUCUAAAGGAGAUGUCAUCUUCAACAUUUACCACUCAAAGAUGGCCCCUCAACCUCCAAAGAAAGACAGCCUGGGAGCUCAUGGCAUCGCUUCCCUAGGGGCUGUUAAUACUCAGCUGAUAGAUAAGAGCUGGGUGCUGGGCCAGGACUACAGCAUGGUGGAGAAAGCCCUCACCUGCCAGGAGGGAGAAAGCGUACAGGGCUCCCACAUCACGCGCUGGCCUGGCUCCUACAUCCUCCAGUGGCGCUUCCACAGCUGUGCAGCCAACGCUGCCUCCAGCUUGGCUCGUGUGGAUGAUGUACUGGCCUCCCUGCAGGUCCCCUCCCACAAGUGCAAGAUCAUGUACUACUCCGAGGUGCUGGCCUCCCAUGACUUCAGGGGAUCCAUGACCAGUCUUGAAUCUUAUCAGAGCGGUUUCUCACAGCUCAGUGCUGCUACAACUACCUCCAGUCAAUCACAUGCCAGCUCCACUGUCUCCAGGUAGCACCAGUUCAGAGCAGUGACUGAAACCGACAUCCAGGGCUGCCUGUGCCUCGCGCCUUCAAAGAUGUCUUUCUGAGCUCACCGGGGCACAUUUCAAAUGUAACAUGAUGUUUUAAGACCAUAUAAAUGUUGUUGUUUUUUUUUCAGCGGAUCAGCAAAGUUUCAACGUUGUGAAUUUGUGUUGAAUGAUUCGCCCAUGUAAGAGCAGUGUUAGAGCUUUAUCUGUGAUUAACUCUUUUUGUCUGUGUAAUGGUGUACAAUAAAACAUAUCAACGUUGUGUUCAUGCAAUAAUAAA